AGGUAUGUAGAGAAACGGAGAACGGAGAGAGAGACAGACAAACAGAAGCACCGUGAGCGACAGGCAGACAGACAAACGGAGAGAGUUGACCCCAGCUGCACCUGAUUGCGUUUCAAAGAUGUGAUAGUGAGCUGCGGUGUCCCGUUGAGGAGCGCUUUGAGCCGCAUCGACCGCCCGCAUCAUAGCGACAUGACGGCCGCCACUAAGCUCCUUGAUGAGUUGUGUCACCUGUCGGUGCAGUCGAUGACCUCGCUGGAGACCGAGGACCACUUCCGGGUCGUUAAGCUGCUGGGGGAGGGGUCAUACGGCAAGGUCAUGCUGGUGGUUCAUAAGAAGACAGGCUCCCCCAUGGCCCUGAAGUACUUCCUGCGGGCGUCAACCUCGCUCUUCUCCUUCCUGCGGGAAUACAACCUGUCGCUGGCGUUCUGCGCCCACCCCUCGCUGACCCGCGCCCUCGGCAUCGCCUACCGGACCCCCACCCACUAUGUCUUCGCCCAGCAGGUGGGCCUCCACGGAGACCUGUACGACCUCAUCGUCCCAGAGGGGGGCGUGGAGGAAGGCUCCGUCCAGAGGGUGGUCUCUCAGCUGAGUGGGGCUCUGGCCCACCUCCACGCCCACGGCCUGGUCCACCGCGACCUGAAGCCGGAGAACGUCUUCCUCUGCGACCCCGCCGGCAGCUGGGUGAAGCUGGGGGACUUCGGCAUGGUGAAGGCGGUGGGCAGCCGCAUCCAGGAGGUCUGGUACAGCUCCGCCUACUGCCCCCCCGAGGCCCAGGGCGCCAGGCGGGGGGGGGCUGGAGCGCCGCUGUGGGUGGCGGCCGACCCCAGCGUGGACUGCUGGGCCCUCGGCAUCCUGACCUACGCCCUGCUCACCGGCGCCCUGCCCUGGGCCGAGACCGCCUGCUGCAACCCGUCCUACCGCCGCUACAGGGACUGGGUCUGCCACCACCGCUGCUGCUGCUGCCGCUGCUGCUGCUGCUGCUGUUCCUCCCCCUCCGCCUCCUCCUCCCCCUCCUCCCCCUCGCCCUCCUCCUCCUCCUCCUGCUCCUUCUCCUCUUCCUCCUCCUCCACCUCCUCCUCCUGCUCCUCCUGCUCCUCCUCUGACGCCUGGGGGUCCGAGUUGUCGCAGGGGCCCGGCCCCCCCGUGGCCCCCCAGUUCCGCGGCUUCACCCCCCUGGCCUGCUCCCUGUUCCGGGCCCUUCUGGACCCGCGGCCCAGGCUCCGGGGGAGGCCGGGCGACGCCCUGGCCUUCCUGGGGGAGGAGUGGCUGAGGGGGGAGGAGCGGAGCCGGCUGGAGGCGGAGAGGAAGAGGAGGAGGAGCGGGGGGGAGGGACUCAGAACCUUGAGUCACCAAACAUCCCAUAAUGACAGCGAGGUGUUAGCGUAGCUUAAUGAGGCUAGCAGAAAAGAAGCCGGCGGUCAGCUAGAACUUAGAUCCAAGAUGGCCGCUAGGAGCAGGGCCUCAGCUCUGUGAUUCCUGGGCUGGACACGCCCACUUGUGAUGUAACAAGUGGAGUGCAGUGACAUCACAACAUCACACCUCUUGGUAAAACAGGCGACCUUUGACCUAUUAAAUAAAAGGUUUUGUCCGAUGAUUGUGGAAGAAACUAUCACAAAUAUUAACUGAUGUUCAGCCAUGUAUGGCUUUAGUAAAAUGUGUAAAACAUUGAUCUUAUGUGAUUAUGUCAGGUUUAUGUGAACGAAAUGUGUGAAUAAAUGUGUUCACGUCCCAUCUUCAAACCAGUGUUUAAACCUGGGGGUCAAGCCCCACUAGGGGUCAGCUGAUCUGGGAGCCAUUAAGACAUAGACAUCUACAGAUGAUGCUCUUUAUCGGUUUGAAUGGGUUCCAUGAAUCCAUUGGCUGGAGUUUGGAGCAACACCAGGACAUCACUGGGAACACUGGGAACCCUGGGAACACUGGGGAGACGUGGAAGAGGUUUGGGGUCUCAAGAUUUUCCUGACUGCAGCUUGGGGCCAAAGGCCAGAGAUGUUGAUAUGGGAGACAGAACACGAUGCGGUUACCAAGGCUAACCGGAACCUUAACCCUAACCCUAGAAGUUUAUUUUCUAGAAGUUCUAGAAACCGACACUGAUAUGCUGCUGACGUGUGUGUGUGUGUGUGUGUG